AUGUACAGUAGACAAUUAUCUGGACAAUGCAAAGGAAAUUAUUGUAAGCGCAAUGAAGCUUGUAUGCCAAAGGGACUGAACUACUAUUGUGUUCCAUUGUCAAAUAUAUUUCCUGAAUGUGGCACAAAACUGCGCCCACGUGACUGCAGUGAUCUCCCUGUUGGAAGUGCCUCUGGAGUAUAUACAAUAUAUCCAACAAAUGCGAUAUUUGAUGUUUACUGUGAAAUGGACACAGCAGGAUUUGGUUGGACAGUUUUCCAGAGCAGAAUGAAUGGAUCUACGGAUUUUUACAGAGGAUGGAUUGAUUAUGAAAAUGGGUUUGGAAGUUUGACAUCUGAGUUUUGGUUGGGAAAUAAAUUCAUACAUCUGCUUACUUCUACUGGAGAUUACAAGCUAUAUGUCCACCUUGAAGAUUUUGAAGGGAAAUCAGCUUAUGCAGAAUAUUCCGGAUUUAGUCUUGGAGGUACUGCAACUGAUCAUACAUUGAAUGUCGGAGGAUACUGUGGGACUGCAGGAGAUAGCCUAGUCAGCAACGACGAGCGUACUCAAAACGGCAUGAUGUUUUCUUCUUACGACAAGGAUAAUGACAGAAGUCCUAAAAGCUGCGAACUUCAAUAUAAAGGGGCAUGGUGGUACAGUUGGUGUCAUCGUUCUAAUUUGAAUGGACAAUAUUUGGGUGGGAAACACUUGUCCACUGCCGAUGGUAUCAAUUGGGCUACAUGGCGAGGAGUUCGAUAUUCACUCAAAUCUACUAAAAUGAUGAUUAAACUACACUAA